UUAAAGCGCUUCUCUAUACUGCUCUUUCCCGUUCCACGAUUUCUUUCUCAAUCUCUCCAUAUUCAUCAAACCAAAAGGAUUGCUCCGUUACAGUGGUUGCUCACGGCGCCGCCUCAAGCUUCUCCGGUCACGCGAUUCUACUCACAGCUUAAGAGCUCUGGCAUACUGAUCCAGUAAGUCCUCCGCCUAGCUACGCUGACACCGCGGCAUCAAUUUUAUAUUCCAAAAAAUGGAUGGGGAGAACACGGAAAUACUGGAGGCAACUGAUGAUGCAUACGGAGGAGUUAUUGUUGACAUGAAGAAGAAGAUGGAUUCUGCCACCUUUGUUGCUUUGCUAAGAGCUUCAAUAUCACAAUGGAGACAAGAAGGGAAAAGGGGAGUUUGGUUGAAACUUCCAAUAGAACUUUCAAGCGUUGUGGAUGCUGCAGUGAAGGAAGGAUUCUGGUAUCACCAUGCAGAGGCAACAUACUUGAUGAUGGUAUAUUGGAUUCCAGAAAGCACUCCCCACACUUUCCCUCCAAAUGCUUCCCAUCGAGUUGGCGUUGGCGCUUUUGUCAUCAAUCAGAGAGGAGAGAUUCUGGUGGUGCAGGAAAAUCAGGGCAUGUUUGCAGGCACUGGAAUCUGGAAGAUGCCCACUGGGGUUGUCGAGGAGGGAGAAGAUAUAUGGGCAGCUGCUGUUAGAGAAGUACAAGAAGAGACAGGAAUUGACACAGAAUUCGUAGAGCUCCUUACUUUCAGGCAGAGCCACAACUCUUUCUUUGGCAAAUCGGAUUUGUUCUUUGUUUGCAUGCUAAGGCCACUGUCCUUCACCAUUAAGAAGCAAGAUUGUGAGAUCAAGGCAGCACAGUGGAUGGCUAUGGAGGAAUACGCAGCACACCCAUCUGUGCAGGAGUGUGAGAUCUUCAACAGCGUUGCCAAGAUUUGCUUGGCUAGGAAGGAGAAUGCAUAUUCUGGUUUCUCUGCACUUCUCAACACCUCAGGCUUUUCCAAUAAUAAGUCUUGUCUAUACUGCAGCUCUACCUAUACCCCAUCAUAGUCAACUCUCAAUCUAUAUAUAUGUUCAUAUAACAUAAUUAUGUCCAUAACAAGUCACAAGUAAAUUCAUGUAAAUAUGUUGACAAGAUCAUUUAAACAGGUCAUUAACGGAUUAAACAAGCUAAUUCGCUAAGACAAGUAAAUUAUCAUAUCAACUUGUUAA